UUUGAGCUAUCCGGAAUUUAAAUGUUCAGAAUGUGAAGGUGUGAUGAUAGCAGCCGAGAAUGAUUUAAUUUCAUCCGGAUGGUGGCCUGGGUCACCCAAAAACAUGAGUUACCUUUUUUCAGCAGAUUUGCUGAUCAUGUGGAACCACUUAGUUCAUAAAACACCUGGCACUUCAGAGAGAAAAUUUAUUGAAACAUUGUGUGAAAUUUCCAAGCGCUCUGGUCGGUCGGGAACGAUUUGCCGUCAAACCUUUGCCAUUUCAAAUAAAUACUACCAAUAUAUGGAGUACCUGGUUGAAGUAGAAGCAAAGCUUCGAGAGCUUUUCACCUGUAAAGCCUGUGGGAGAAGACCACUGGCCAUGCACAUCGAUGGCAUUAUGAAACUGUACCGUUGGUUGAGUUCAAAAGGGGUGGACCAUUCUCAAUUAUUGAAUGACAUCGGUAUUGUUUCCGAUGCAGUUUUCCAAGAACACGCAGAUAAAAUAAAUCAAAUUAAACCAAAGCUGGGGAAAGUAUCAAAAGAUACAUGCGGUGGUGCAUCCUAUAAAGCGGGAAAGUCUGACUCCGUUAAUGACCGUACAGGACUAGCAGAAACAGGAAUCGUGUUCUGCACAUGUCGGCACAGAGAUAAGGAGAUUGCUCACUCCACGUAAAGCCCAGCAGUCGACAUUUUCUCUCCUCCCCCUCUCUAGCAGACGAAUUCGACUGCGCUGCUCCUUUCGGCCAGCUCCGGAAUCAUGGCUGUACUUGGCGGUAAGGACGGUAUGGUUUAAAACGUGAAGGGGGAGCGCUACUGGGAAAUGCUUGUUGACGGAGGAGCUGCUUUUCGCCAUUGAUCCUUCCGAAUUUUUGGUUGUAAUAUCUGUUUCUUUGGAAUUUGUUAAAUGACUUUAAGGAUGUCAAGGACUUUCUGUACAGUGAUGCAAGUCAUCAGUCUAUGUCUUUCCAUCGCAAUAUACGGUCACGUAUCUCAACUACGUCCAGUUUUAAGUUUCUGCUCUAACAGUAUGCCAUCGAAGUGUAGUGCGAAAGACUGUAAUUCUAAGUCUGGUGAUCGUGACGUGUCGCUUUUAAGGUUCCCCGUUGAUGACGUCAGACGUGCGCUAUGGCUACAACAUUGUCCACAUAAUUUCGUUCCAAAGAAAAGUUCAGUGUUGUGUUCUUUGCACUUCGGUCCCAUGAAACAUACACCUAGGAAGAGAUCAUGUCGCCAACUGAAUCGUUUGCAAGAUCCAAU